AGGCAUUUUCCCAUGGCUUCUAACGAAUUUUAAUUCAGUCGAAACAUGCGCUCGAAGUAGUCGGAAGUCCGUUUUUUAUUUUGUUGUUUUUCAGUUUUUGUUCUCACACAGAACACACCACAAUAGAAAGAAAGACAGAAAAAAGAAAGAACGAAUUUGAAAUUGAUGCACACACACACACAAUUAAAACGGAUAUAAAAAAAAGUAUGAAUAGAAAACUUAAAAAAUUUACGAACACAAUACACGAAACAAACAAAAAGACCCAAAAUUCUAUCAACAACCGAAAAAAAUAAAAAGAAAUAUAUUUAAAACUUAUAUUAGAUUAAAUUCUGAUACAAAACAAACAAACGAAUGAAAAAAGUAAUCGCGUCCGCGAAACUAACACCGUAUGAAAAUAUUUUGAACGAGAAAAUGAUGGAAUGAAAAUUAAAUAAAAAAAUUGUUUGUUUAAGCAAUGAAAAUUGCGGUGUUUGAAUUUGCAAAGUUGCGCAAAGUAUUCGACAUAGCCGACGAAAAAAAUUGAAAGGAAUAAAAAAAAAAAACGGAAAUCGCAACGGAAAACACUAAGCUAAACUAUUUAAUGUAAAUUAAAUGUGAAUUGUAGUUAUUUUUGUUUCGAUGCAACCAAAAAGUAUUAUGUGUGUUUUGUUGAUUUGUUGAAUUAUAAAAUAAAUAUAGAAAAAAAGAUCCAAAGAGAAGAAAAAAGAAAGCAAAAAGAAAAAGAGAAAAAAAAAUGCAGUCACGGAAAAAUUACUACACUAAAAAAAUGUGGAAAUGAUCAAACAACAACACAUAAAAACAAAUAAAAAAUGAUUACGACAAAUCGUUCGGUUUAAAUGUCCAUAUUCAAGUCCAAAGUUCUUAGUAUACGAAUAAACAUACGAGAAUAAAAACCGUUUCGGAAAUUGAGUUGUACGAGAUAUCAUCCAUAUUUCACACACUGCCGAAAUGUAUGACGAAAAAGACAUUGCGUCAUGACACACAAAAUGAAAUGUAAAAAUAGACAAAAAAGACACUUUCAAUAAAACGACGCUUUAAAAUAUCAACAAAAUCAAAUCCAAAACAGUGGGAGAGAGAGAGAGAAGAAAAGAGUAAGCAGUGGCGAAUCGAUCAAAAAGAAAACACAAGUAAUGGUGAUUGAUGCACGUUAAGAAAUAUGGAACUGACAAUAUAUGCUCGACGAACAUUGGCAACAAUCCCAUGAGCUGUCGAUAAAAAAGUUGAAAAGUCAAGCAAACUACAACCCAAUUGGAAGACAAAGCAAGAGGCGGAGAUCGCCGAAAGCUACACAUACUGCGAGCGAGACAACAACAUCAUCAUCAUCAUCAGCAGACGAAGAAGUAGAAAGACAAGCGAACAACAUGAAUGAAUCGCGUAGCGACAGCAUGAAUAAUGGGAUGCCGGCCAGAAUUUUGAUAGACGAUAGGAUAAUAACACAUAAACUGAUUGCAUUCAGCUGGAAACUGACAUGAACGUCGAACGGCUGGCAGAAAUAGAGAGAAACACAAAGGAAGAGAGCGAGUGAGAAAAUGGAUAAAUGCUAACCAAUUUGCAACGACCAUUUAUUUUAAAACACUGAAGUGUUUGUGUGUGACAAAACGACCAAUUAGCGUUUACGCUUCAAUUUACCAAUAGCUUAGCUAUAACAAAGCAAAACAAAAGUAAAAAAAACACACCCUUUGUAGAUAAAUCCAAUGCCACUUAAGUACUCGUAAAAAGUAAUAAAAAGCUUAACACAACAAGCAACAACAAUAUCAAGAACAACAAAAGAGAAGAAGUAAAUACAAUACAACUCCAAAUGCGACCGAGAAAAAUCCCGUGGAAUUAUGUAAACCAAUCGUCACACUCUCAAGAUGGAUACAAUUGACAGGGGGCGAUAAUAUUUAUACAAUAGUCAAAACUCAACUCACAACAUAACAACAACAGUAACAGCAACAGCAACAGAGAAAAAGAAGAGGAGAAACCAAUCCAAAAAAGAAACGAUAUAGAGAAGAACCAUAACACCAUCAAAUUGAAAUUGAAUCGGACAAAAAAAAAUCCAUUUUGCAACACUUGAAAUAGCUUUACACCGGAGAAGGGGAGCAAGAGCAGCAUGGCUGCAGUAGCUGGACUGUAUGGCUUGGGUGAGGAAAAUCGUAAAUAUCGUUUGAAACAAGCUGCGCACGAUCGCGAAGCGGCUAAGGCUAAGGAAGAGCAUAAGCAUGCCGAUAAAACACCCGAUGGAUUUAGCGAACCAUCAUUACCCAAACUGAGCAGUCAAGAUGAAGAAGGGGGGGCUGGAAUUGGUUUCCCAGUGCAACCACAACAUUUUGAACCAAUUCCGCAUGACCAUGACUUUUGCGAAAGAGUUGUCAUCAACGUAAGUGGCUUAAGGUUUGAAACGCAAUUACGUACAUUAAAUCAAUUUCCGGAUACGCUGCUCGGUGAUCCGCAAAGACGACUAAGGUAUUUUGAUCCACUACGCAAUGAGUAUUUUUUCGAUCGUAAUCGACCGAGUUUUGAUGCAAUUCUGUACUAUUAUCAAAGCGGCGGCCGUUUAAGAAGACCAGUUAAUGUCCCUUUAGAUGUGUUUAGUGAAGAAAUUAAAUUUUAUGAAUUAGGCGAACAAGCAACUAAUAAAUUCAGAGAGGAUGAAGGCUUUAUCAAAGAAGAAGAAAAACCACUACCAGACAAUGAAAAUCAAAGAAAAGUGUGGUUGCUCUUCGAAUAUCCAGAAAGUUCGCAAGCAGCCAGGGUUGUAGCCAUAAUUAGCGUAUUUGUUAUACUUCUUUCAAUCGUUAUAUUUUGUUUAGAAACUUUACCCGAAUUUAAGCACUACAAGGUGUUCAACACAACAACAAAUGGCACAAAAAUCGAGGAAGACGAAGUGCCUGACAUUACAGAUCCAUUCUUCCUCAUAGAAACAAUAUGUAUUAUAUGGUUUACAUUCGAACUGAGCGUCAGGUUUAUGGCAUGCCCAAAUAAAUUAAAUUUCUUCAGGGAUGUUAUGAAUGUAAUCGAUAUAAUCGCUAUCAUUCCUUACUUUAUAACUUUGGCCACGGUUGUUGCCGAAGAGGAAGACACGUUAAACCUUCCGAGAGCUCCUGUUAGCCCACAGGAUAAGUCUACGAAUCAGGCGAUGUCCUUGGCAAUAUUACGUGUGAUACGAUUAGUUCGAGUAUUUCGAAUAUUUAAAUUAUCACGACAUUCAAAAGGCUUACAAAUUUUAGGACGAACACUGAAAGCCUCCAUGCGCGAACUAGGUUUAUUAAUAUUUUUCUUAUUUAUAGGCGUUGUGCUAUUUUCGUCUGCCGUAUAUUUUGCCGAGGCGGGAGCUGAAAUGUCCUUCUUCAAAUCAAUACCAGAUGCAUUUUGGUGGGCUGUGGUUACAAUGACGACAGUUGGAUAUGGAGACAUGCGACCGGUCGGUGUGUGGGGCAAAAUUGUUGGAUCAUUAUGUGCCAUUGCUGGCGUGUUGACCAUUGCUCUUCCAGUUCCUGUGAUAGUUAGCAACUUCAACUACUUUUACCACAGAGAAACUGACCAGGAAGAGAUGCAAAGUCAGAACUUUAAUCACGUCACUAGUUGUCCAUAUUUGCCGGGAACAUUAGGUCAACAUUUAAAGAAAUCCUCGCUGUCUGAAUCGUCAUCGGAUAUGAUGGACUUGGAGGAUGCUGUUGACACGACUCCGAAUCUGAUGCCUGAGUCACAGGUGCGUUUAGUUCCGUUUUUUGGAACAACGGCUAUGUCAGCGGAAAAAUCGAUGCAACCGAACAAUUGCUACAAGCAAACAUCGACAAACGGUCAAGGCACGCAGCAACAGCGUCACAACAGUGCGUUGGCCGUCAGUAUUGAGACAGAUGUUUGACUACUGGGUCACCUGAUUACAAUUUUACCGAAAUUUACCAAAGCUACUUCUAAAUUCGCUAUCACCUAAAUAAAAUUAAAAUAAAUCGCAAUACUUAGUUCAUCGGAAAGACAGAGAUGGAGAGAGAGAGAGAUAAAGAGAGUAGAAGCGAACGCGAGAGAGAGAGAGAGAGAGAAAGAGAGGCGAACGGAAGCAAAUGUAACACAACAUUGAUUGACAACGAUAUUGAAUCUGCGUGUAAAUAUUUCAAAAUGCAAUGCGAAUGAAAACCUAUGAAUAAAAUCCAAUUACAACCAAUAACAACAAAAAAUGAUAAAGAAAAUAUAACAAAAGAGAAAAAAAAUAAGUAACAUAGAGUUUAGCGUCUUGCAAAAACUGAACAAUCUCCGAUCUCUUCGACAUAACUGUGUUUAUAAUUUGUUGUUUUCUUUUCUCGAAACAAUAACAACAACCAAAACCACAAGCAAAUAUUUCAAUUGAAAUUCGCCAUACAUUCAUUGAGAUUCACCCACAUUACAGCCCAGCCGCCUCUCUACUUUUAUCAAAUACGUAAGGAAUAAGAUUCGAAACAAAUCCAAACUAGCUUCAGCUCAAAGCAGCGGCCGCAAACUGGAGUCUACUACUCAGCAACAAACCAACCCCAAUUACAAUUAUUAUACAGACAAGAAACAACAACACACAAGUUCAAUAAUGAUGAAAUGAUCAUCGAAUCAAAGCCUACUUCGAUACAAUGACACGCAUGUGUUUUAAAAUGCCAAUUUUAAAACACACUCACUCACACAAACACACCAACAAAAUACAAAAAUAAAAACACUGAGACUAACAAUAUUUUUAUCAAUAAAAUAAAUAAAAAACCAAAAACUAUGUAAAAACAAAGUAAAAUUAUCACCAAAGUUAUUCUAAUAAUCAGAUAAUUUAAGCAAAGGAAAGCAACAACAACACAUAAUACCAAAAUAACAAUAAACUAUGAAAGUGAAACAAAAUAAGACGAAGACGACGGCAAAUUCACCACGAAUACGAACGGGAACGAAAAAGAAUGCAAAAAUGAUGGGUGAUUGAGUUGAAUGCCUAUCAUGCGAUUUGCAAUUUGCGCUUUAAAGACUAGAGAGAAGUGCAAUUUACAAUGUCAAAACAUGCGAUGAAAAUUUGCGCGCACGAAACUUCCAACGCGGAAAACAAAUAACAACGUUGAUUUUCAUUUUCUUCAGUCAGCUUAUUUUUGUGAGAGCAAAGAAAAAUACAAAAUAGAGAACCAGCCAGCAGAAAAAUAAAUAUACCAAGAAAAAAUAAAUAAACAAAAAAACUUUAGUGGAAAUCGAAACUCAAGCAAAAAAAAAUAGAACGCCACAAGCAAUAUCAUUACUGAAACGCAAAUAAAAGAAGAAGAAGAAAAAGAAAAACAAUCCGUUGGAACAGCAGAAGCAACAGCAGCAGACCUAACUUAUACUGUUUAAUUAAAAUAAUCGAACUGAAGCCAUGAAAAACAAAAUAGAAUCGUUGAAAAGCUCACACACUCACACAUAAAACACCAAAGAUACAACAUAUAAAAGGGUGUUCACGGUGAAAAUGCCCCGUAAUUUCACAUUUACAAGAAUAAAAAAAUGAAGAAAAGAACAAAGUCUUACUUGAGAUUGAACCUAACUAGCCGAUUUUUGCAUUAAAACCAGAACAUACACAAACACAAUUUCGUAGAAAUAUUCUAGAUUGAAACAUAAGCUGAAAAUGAGUACAUAACAACUGAAAUUAAUAAGACAAAACUAUGCGAUCCGAAGCGCAUCUCGCAUGACAAACGUUCAAAUGUGCAGUCAAAACUACAAAUUAUGAUCUAAAAUAAUAGAAAUAAUCGAGAGAAUCCAAAAAAAAAAAACAAGUACAAUUUUGAACUUUGAGACUUUUUUUCCUCCUCUUUUUCUCGCCCCGCUACAUAGAGCAUUUAUGAUUUUGUCAGUCGGCUUCGAAUCUCUCCCGCCCAAUCACUUCACCUGUUUACUUCGCGCAUAUUCAUUGCAUUAGAGGGAUAUUCGGUUUUGUUUCUUUCUAAUGGAAAAAUACACCGCUAUUUUUUGAAACGAUUGUAUUAUACAAAACAAAUCAUAUUUCAGACAAUUCGCCAAUCGAAAGGGUAUCAACAAUGGACUAUUUUCGAGUCAAUUUUUUUUUACAUAUGUUUUAUGCGUGCCUACAAUCUUUGUUUUCCAUCCUCUAAGACGAACAAAAACAAAACCCGUAGUGUGUGAUCGUCUUUUUCUUCAAGCUCUUUCUCUCUGCCCCUUUUCACACAAAUCACACAUAUGCUAUCCCAAGGAGACUUUUCACCCCUUUUUUGCUAGUCUUUUGAAUCGAUUGACACUACACUAGCCGUCGAUGCAUUUCACCUUUCAAAUAGCAUAACACACACAUUCUUCGUCUUUUGAGAUGACACUUUCACUCUUCGAUAAAUUAAAAUCAAGUUUCAUUCGCAUCGGUUCUAGUACAUUUAGAAACAAAACAAAUGAAAUAAGCCACUGUAAAACUAAAAAAAAAAACAAAUACAGACUCAAAAACAAAGAACAAUGAAUCUGCCCAAAAAAUAAACACUUCCAAACAAUAAGACAUAACAAGAUGAAGAAAACAACAAAACUGAUAUUUUGACAUGUUUUACAACGAGAUAAUCAUGCCUUAAACAAAGUUUCAUUUACUCAUUUCAAAUUAUAUAUCUCGUUCAUUUCGUUUAAACAUCCGUCAACAGCGAGUUUGAAUGUUUUUUUUUUUAUGCGUCGCAUUUUAUGUUUACAAGAUGCAUCUUUCUCACAUACACAACCACAUACAGUUCAAAAUCAUACGCGCAUUUUACUUAUUAGAAAUACUAAUUAGUACUUUGAUUCUUCUUCGGUUCGAAUAUUCCAUGGAAACACUUCGUUUUCGACAUUUUCAUCCAAGUUUCGUUCGAUUGCAUCAAAUAAACACAUCAGAACGGAACAUUUUCAACAGAUGAUGGCUAGCACUGAAUAGUUAAUGGAACAAAUGUGAGCAAAUUUCAUGUCAUUCAAACAAACAAACAACAUAAAACAUAAUAAUAAAUUUACCGUUAGGCUUCCAAAACAUCGCAAGACUUUUCAUAGUUCAGAGUUUAUCAAUUGCGUGUAAAUUCGACGUGCCGUCGAAUGCACCGAUAAUUAUAACAAAUUUACAACGAUAAUCCAUCUUCAGAGCAGGAAACUAAACGCAGAUUAGAACGUUUAAUAUUGGCUUUGGAUCUUUAAUGAAUUGGGCAUAUUUCGGCCUGUCUGUUUCCUCUCUUUGACUUAAUCUCCUUUUGAUGAUUCACCAAUACUUUUUUUUUGUAUACCAGCAACAAGACAAAGAAAGAAGAAGAAGAAUAAAGAACCAACUAUCACAGUGACUAAGAAAACGAACGAUGAAAACAAAUGAAUUAAAAGACUUAUUUUAAAUACGAAAUUUUCGAGCUCUGCGUGACACAGAGCUUACGACAUACGCUAGAACAUUAUCGCGGGUGCCGUCGACUCUGCACCAAAAAAUCCAAAAAACGAAUGAAAAUCUAUUUUAAUAUUUAGGCAAGUGAAAGAAGAAAAACAAAAUUAUAUGGUUGAAUGUUUUUUUUUUUUGUUCGUUGUUCAACACGGUUUAAAACUAAGAAAAUAAAUCUAGGUGACUGGAUGGAUGCAGAAAAAGGGUGGCAACUCAUUAGAUUUUAAUGGGAUCUCCCUUCGGAAAUAAGUUGAAUAACGAAGAAAAAAGCAGAUAAAAAAUUAAUGUUCAUGAAUGAAAAAUUGAAUAAAUGUAGUAUCUGUUUCCUUUUUUGAGAUCUGUGUUAAAGAAAAAAACUGGAGUUGUUCAUGUUCACGUUUUCAAUAAUAAUGAUAUUGUGUAGGCGAGUUGUUGCCUCACAUUCGGGGAAAUCGAAUUGAAUUUCGGUUUGUUCGGACAUCGGCGUGUUCAAUUGCUCAUCGAUUCCGGCCCACGGAAAUUGCAUUCGAUUGAUUCUCGAUUAUCAUGUUUGGCAAUGAUUCGAACCUAAAAAAAAAAAAAUUACUGAUUAUUAUGUUAAAAUAUGUAUCAAUUGGUGUACUGUAUGUUCAGCAUAAUAAGGGGAUGAUGAAAAGUAAAGCAACCAAAAAAAAAAUUGAAUUACCGUGAAUAUAGUGUCGAUAAAAAAAAGCGCAUUUAGCGAAAGAAAAAAAAAACGUGGUAAUCUACUUCAAUAUUUCUCUGUGAAUUCGAUGUUAGUGUUUCUCAGAUGAAGAAAAUAGAAUUUUGUUCUCUUGGGCUGUAGUAUUCUGGUAGUAUCUGGCUAUUCUAAUACUAAAACUGCUUGUUAAAACCUAAUUUUACUUAUUCCGACCCGGAACUCUUGCACUGUCAAUCUUACGGUUCAUUUUUUGGUUUCAAUUCAUUUAUUGAUUUAUUCUCUGUUUCUACUGACAAUCAGUAUAAGACGGUUGUACGUAACAAGGAAGCGGUGCUAAAUAUAUUCAGCCGACCGAUAGUCGGUUAGUUUUGAUAAAUAGUAUUUUUCUCUCUCUCUCUCUCUCUCUCUCUCUUGAUUUGCGAGUCUUUUAGUUUCGCGUCACACACAACAAAAAAGUCUCUUCACACCAAAAGAAAAAUAAAUACAUACACUCACACCAAACAUAAAUACAAUCGCGCCCACAAGGUCAAGCCGUUCUGCAUAAAUAUUAGUGCGAAAAAAAAAAUGAAACACUAUGAAACUAACGAAUUAAAUAACAAAAAAAAAACGGAAUUAAUUUAAAGCAAACAUUCAUUCACACCAAAGAGAAGAGCGCAAAAUUAUGACAAACAAAUACAAACUAAGUAAGAGAAUUAAAAACAAUUUACCGAAAGAAAACCAAAAAUAGUUCAUUCUAUUUAAAACAAAAUAAUUAUUUAAAAGUACUCUAUUUAAACAUUUAAAGAAAAAAAUUUAAAAUUUAUAAUACAAAAAAAUGACACUAGAUAUUUUAAAUAUCAUAUCUCUUCUUUCAUCAUAAAUUAGAAUCUACGUAGAGGAAAAAUACGAGCAAAAUACAGCGGUUGCGAUGAGGAAAAAAGAAAUGAAAAAGAAAACCAAGUAACAGGUCAAUGGAAAAACUCAACCAAAAUCAAAUGCUAUUUUAAACAAUUUAGCCAGAGAGAAAUACAAAAACAAAUAAAUAAACCAUAUUUUUAGCGAAACAAGUCAUUUCGAUUUCGUGGUGAAGAUGAAGAAGAAACCAACAACGUUUUUAUUGAUCUUAAUCACAUCCAUUGAAAUAAAUGAUAAACUAAAUCACAUUCACAGCAUAUUUAAACCAAAACUAAAAGAAGAAAUGACACAAAUUCAAAAGCUCAACUGCAUUGCCUUUUCUGAGGCAUCAGCAAUAAUAGUAGUAAUAAUGGAUGAUCAGCAGCAGCUACUGAUGAUGAUUUAAAAACUCACUAAGAAACAACACAUGGAUAAAAAGAAAACAUAUCGAUUAAACAAUUAUUUUAUUUCAUUUUUCACGAGAGAAAAAAACACUAAUGCCAAUGUUUUUUUCGUCCAGCAGCUGCAUUGCGCCUACGAAUUUUUCAAAUCCAAUUUACGCCCCUUUCUUCAAUCAAUGCAAGUAGAGAAUGUCUCUUCACUUUUUUCCUUAUGUUUUUUUUUAAGUAAAAUCCUUUAUCAUGUCUCUAUAACCCUCUUUCUGUCUCCAUUGAAUUUAAACCAAAAAAAAAAAUAAUUGCCUGUCGUCGAGUCACCUCACAGGCGAGGCGAGGUGAUCGAACGAUUUUAAGCGGAUAUUAAGCAUUCAACAUAUUAACGAAAUGACGAAAACUAAAUAAAUAAGAAGCGCACAUUUCAUUUGUCGAACGAAAGAGAAGAUGAAGAAAAAAAACCGAUUCUGUUUUGUUUGCCUCUAGGGACCGAACAUUACCACUGUGCUGCUGUCGCGCCAUUCGGCCGCCCCACUGUAGGAGUCGAUGAAGAAAUGUGUUGUAAAAAUAAGAAGCGACCGUGCAUUCGAAUAAACGAAUGAAUAAAAAAAACAACACAUGAGGCAUAUUUAUCUAGACUGCAUAUCACGUGAAUAACAACACAAUAACAACACAGAUGAGGAUUUAUUUUUAGCAAACAUCUACAUUUAGUUGAAAUUUAAUAUUUCGUUUGCGAAUGGUGCGCGCACAUCAUCAUCGAUCAUUACACAAAUUUAAUCAAGGAACAAAAAUAAGAGCUAAAUGAAGACAAUUAAACGAUACUCAAGUGGGAGAGAGAAUGAAAUAAAGUGGGAAAAUCAAUUAAAACAUGAAAAAUCGAUGCGUUUGAAUAGAAAGAAAUAGAAAUCUUGUAUUUCACAAAUCCAAAUGCAAACCGUUGAAAUACAAGCACUUAGUUAAUUCAAAUUGAAUUCUUUUUUUUAGCACAACAAAAAUCAAACAAAAAUUGAUCACCCAAUUCAUAUCCAUUAUGGCAAGCACAUAUACAUUUUUACUCGAAUACGAUUUUGUUGUUUUUUCUGCGUUUUUUGCUUUUGUGUCAAUUUUUUUACGCGUUUCAAAUGCAUCACACGCUGAUUUUGAUUUUUGAUUUUAUGUAUCUCGGAGAUACCAUAUCUCCCUCCGUCGGUGACACAAAACACGUGUUUUUUUCGCGUUGAUUUAGAUUUUAACUGACGUAUAAAAUCAUGACUGAAUAAAUUUAUAUGAUAUAAAUUAAGUUUCACAAACAUACAACAACAACGGUAAUAAAAUGAGUUUAAUUGAAACAAACGAAAUGCAAUCUCAAUCCAAAAAAAAAACCUAUUGGAACAUGAAACAAUCUGCACACGUAUUUUCUUCUAUAUAUUUUUUUUAAAUGAUAAGAUCAAUCUUUUGGUUGUCCAAUUUUUGUUGGCUUUCAUUCUAUAUCGAAGCAACAUUGAAUCAUAUCCACACAUCAUCGAAAUUACUUUUCGAGCAUUGAAUAAGAAUUUAUAAAAUCAUCUCGAUGAACGACACAUUCUUCUAUCAUUUUGCUAUCCAUGUGGUAAAUUUAGUUGACCAUUGGAUCGGAAUGAAUCAGAAUCAGAAAACGCUUUUUUAGCUUUUCGGCUAGAAAUCAAUCAAUGGAAAUGGAAGAGAGAGUAAACAAAAUUUAGUUUAAAAAAAAAUCGUUUAUUUAACCAAGGAAAAAUGGAACAUUUCGAGUAAUUCACACACAAACAAACAUAUUGGAAAGAAAAUUCGAUCGUUCAUUAUAUUUUUCUUGGACCAGUUUAAGAAAGAGUCAAAAGAAAACAGUAUUUAAGUUUCGCCUUUGUCCGCUCCAUCCUGAAUUUAUUUCACAUUUGUACGAAUAUUUUUGAUACGUUCACCAAGUAAGAAAUGAGAAUAAAAUUGAAGCAAAAAUGCACAUAGAGAGACAACAAUUGGAUCGGAUCUGCCAAAGAAACUAUCAAAUAUGACACUAAAAGUUUUCCAAAUGAAUGCGUGCCGCAUCAUCCAUCCCAGCCUGCCCAGCUACUUAUUUCCAAAUGCUGAACAAAAUAACCGUCCUGUCAUUUUUUGCCCAUCGUCAAACACUCGCACUUUGUUUAGCCAUGUUUGCUAGUGUUGCACACCACACGAACGUUGAAUGGCUGUGGCUUCAUGCUAUUUUUCUGUCCAAACAACUUCGAUUUUUUUCCACACAGCUUUCAUUCUACGUAGUUUUUUCCCCUCAAUUUCCCUUAUGAUCAACGGAAAUUCGCCAAAGAAUUUCUCUCAUUUAUUUUUCUCGUCGCUUCAAGUAUUCAAUGAGGGAACAUGAUAAGAUAUCGCGCAUUUUCACCAAUUCUGCCAUAAUUGUAUAAAUUGAAGUAUGAAUAACACCAAAGAUGAAAUGAUUUUUUUCUUCUGCGAUUUUGUUGAGUAGCAGCAAACAACACACAAAAUCGUCAAAAGAAAAUCACUCUCACACAAACUCACACACAUUUAAUUAGAGUAAAUCGACAUUCAAAUCGAAGCUUAUGAUAAAAACAAACAAUUAAAUAACAUUUAAUCAAAAUUUUCAUAACUCAACGCCAUUUGAUAAAUGAUAUUUUCGAUAGUAAAAAACAAACCAUUUACAAAGAAAAAUGAUAAGAGAACGAGAACGAGAGAGGAGUGUGGCAGCCUGACGAGAGAUAUUAAAUGCUCAAUAUAACACACGGAAAAAUUAUACGUGUGUGUCAUGUGUCGUGUUUGAAACGUACGUUCAGUGCACACUUGUAAAUAUUACAAAUUUGAAAUUGUUACACCGUUUUUGUCGCCCAAGUUCUUCAUUUUGUCUAAGCUUAACAAGUGGAUUUCUUUUUUGUAUAAAUCAUAUUACAACAUAAGGCUUAGAAAGAAUAUCUCUUUUUCUCUCUCUCAUUCAAAUGAGAUACCAAAGACAAAAAGAAAAAUAAACACAGAGACACAAUCUGAAAAGUAUAAAUUUCCGUCACUGAAUCGACAAUUCAUUUUAAAAACUGAACAAAUACUAAUCCAUAAGUUGCCAGCGAGCUUUUUAUUGCUAAUUCUCGACCAUCAUUUCCAAGAAUGAAACGAAGAAAAAUCAACAAUGUCGCAAAAGAGAGAAAGAAGAUAGAAAAAAAAAAUGCCGACUCGAUUGCUGCAGGUCAUCAUUUGAGUUGCAUAGAAUAACAAGAAUCUACGUUUGAUGUUUUCUUUGGCGUGACCACGACCACAUUCAGUAUUUACGUUUUUAAUUGAACAAAAAACCAUGUUCACCAAAACAAACACUUCGACUUGAUUUCUUAUGAUGGAAAUAAGUUCUAUUUCAUUCGAAAAAAUACCAACACUCUCAUACACACACACACACACUAAAUACAACCAGAAAAAGAACAUGUACAUAUUUAAGGAGAAAACUCCGCUGAAAAAUUACUAGUUUAAAAAUUUCCAAUAAAAAAAACACACCUAUUAAUAAAUCGAUAACUCUAAAAAAAAAAAAAAAAAUACAAUCCAAAAAGAAUAAGAUCAAUUUUAAUUAAAAAAAAAUAAUAAUCAUAAUUCGCAAACAACCAAAGAGAUACGAUUUUGAAAGCAAAACAAGUGGAUGAACUGACUUUCUGUCGUGAAGAAUGUGAAGAGAAAGAAAAAUAUGAAACCGUGCUCAAUACGUCCAAUAAUCGACUUUAUUUUCGAUUUAAAUUAGAUGCGUGCGCCGAUAGAGAAAAUAAAAUUUAAAGCCGAUCGAUCGAUUGAUCGCACCGGGGCCGAUUGAGGUGUUUGUUUGUUCUGGUAUUCGUUCCGGUAACACGAAAUCGAAAUAUACACUACGCACAUUCUCGAUAUCGAUGCACACAUGCACCUCGGCCGGUCCGUGCGCGGCACAACCCACUCUAACUAACUCACUCACCAAAGAAUUAAGGAAGAUUUCUCGCGAUUUCGAACAUGAAACAAACAAAAAUAUUGUAUGCAUUAAACGUGCGAGUUUGCAACGAAGAAAAAAAUCGAUUCGGCUGUUUUUAGUUUAAUAGAAAUGCAUUAAGUUGCAUCGAACAGCAACAAGUGCAAGUGAAAGAAUUUAUGAAUUCACCUUUGAGAGAAGAAAAAAAUCUGACGAAAACUAAACCACAAAUAUUGAUGAGAACACGUUUUUAGGUAAACAAAUUUCAAGAUAUUGAUUCAAAAUGUAUGAACGCGAGUAACCAACCAAUAGACCAUGCAACUGCAGACCGUAUAUUCAGACAAAUAUGCCUGAACAAAUAUUACUGAACGAACGUGUAAACUAGUUAAAUUAAAGCGUACAUUAUUAUUAUGAAUUUUAAAUAUUGUCCCCUCCUCAAACCAAAUCAACCAAGAAAAAAAAUAGCAUCAUAAAAAGCCAUUUGAGAAUUAAAUAAAAAAAAAUGCAACACAAACACAGGUUAUAUUAACGAUUAUUGAAUUUAUCCAGUAAAUUGAGAACAAAAUUUAAUUAUUACAACAACAACAACUAAAUAUUAUGAUUAGCAAGCAACACACCAAGAGAAAUUCACACGAAAAAAAAGACGCUAACACAACAGCAUACUUCAUGUGUUGAACAAAAUGUUACUCUCUCACAGAUGACGACGACAACAAUGACGAGCAAACUAAAACGAAAAAUAAAAAGCAAGAAAUUUAUUUCGCAAAGGGAUAAACCGAAAUGACCUUAUGAUUAUUUAAAGAAUAAAAUUUAAAAAUAGAAGCAACCAAAAAGAAAACACUGUAUAAAAAUUCUCAGCAAAGUAAUAAAUGUAACGAGGGACACAGCUACAAGCAAACUGAUACACGAGACAGAGAAUCGAGGAGAAAAACCUAUAAAUCCAUGACUUGUAUUUUAUUUAGUGCUUACAAAUUUUAUGAAUACACACACAACAACAACUACAACCAAAAUGAAUUACAUAGAUGUUCUCUCUGAUGAGAUACCAAAACCACACCAAUAAACUCUGAUCAAUUUAUAUUCGAAAUCGUUCAUUGACGCGGGCACGUGCCCGCGAGCGAUCAACCGACCAACCGACCGAUUGCAAUUCAACAAACUUGUUUGAAUCACACACAAUACAUAAAAUAUCUCAAAAAAUAUUUCUCGCGCAAAAAUUGCUGCUAUCCAGUUUAAGACAAACAA